AAUCUGUUAUUUGUACUUCCCAAUGAUUUUUUUUCUUUAAGCGUUGUUUGUCUUUUUGUCCAUCUGUGACACUUUUCUGUCCACAGCUGUUUCUUAACUUUUUCUUGUAAUGAACCUUAAAAAUUAUUUUCUAUUAUCAUGUUGCAUUGGUACACGCAUAAAAUUUAUCUGCAUCAACUUGGUAAGCCAUAGUUAUCCUCUUCAUUGAUUGAAAGUAAGGAAUCUGCAUCAACUUGGUAAAGCCAUAGUUAUCCUCUUCAUUGAUUGUAAGUAAGGAAUCUGCAUCAACUUGGUAAAGCCAUAGUUAUCCUCUUCAUUGAUUGAACGUUAGGAAUCAGCAUCAACUUGGUAAAGCCAUAGUUAUCCUCUUCAUUGAUUGAAAGUAAGGAAUCUGCAUCCACUUGGUAAAGCCAUAGUUAUCCUCUUCAUUGAUUGAAAGUAAGGAAUCUGCAUCAACUUGGUAAAGCCAUAGUUAUCCUCUUCAUUGAUUGAACGUUAGGAAUCUGCAUCAACUUGGUAAAGCCAUAGUUAUCCUCUUCAUUGAUUGAAAGUAAGGAAUCUGCAUCCACUUGGUAAAGCCAUAGUUAUCCUCUUCAUUGAUUGAAAGUAAGGAAUCUGCAUCAACUUGGUAAAGCCAUAGUUAUCCUCUUCAUUGAUUGAACGUUAGGAAUCUGCAUCAACUUGGUAAAGCCAUAGUUAUCCUCUUCAUUGAUUGAAAGUAAGGAAUUUCAUAACUUUUUUUUGCUUUCCAUAGCUGUUGCUCAGUAACUAUUGUAUGUAACUACAUGAAACUUGUAAUUAAUAUGUAUGUUCAUAAAAUGUUUGUGCGUGCCUAAGUAUUACUUGGAUUGCCUUGGUAAAUUAGUUUUCAAACCCACUUAAUUGGUUGAAACAGUUGUGUUUUUUUCUGCCCAAUGCAACCUCUCAGUAAAUAUAAUGAUAUUAACAACUUUAGUAAGCAGAAUGCUACCUGCAGAAUCAAUCCCUAGAGUUUGUGCUCAGCAAAACACAACUACUAGAAGAACGGAGACGAAUAGCCAGAAGACUGCUUUCUGAAGGGGAAUUCAUUGGAUGUCAUCUAGAAGAGAUAGCAAGUAGCCCAUCAGUCGAACAUGAGAACUCGGACCAGCUGGCAAACACCCCUGCCUCUGCCAUGGAUUUGGAAGGGGGAGACACUGACCCAGUAGUCGAUCAUGUGGCAACAACUAGGAACUCGGACCAGCUGGCAAACACCCCUGCCUCUGCCAUGGAUUUGGAAGGGGGAGACACUGACCCAGUAGUCGAUCAUGAGGCAACAACCAGGAACUCGGACCAGCUGGCAAACAACCCUGCCUCUGCCAUGGAUUUGGAAGGGGGAGACACUGACCCAGUAGUCGAUCAUGUAGCAACAGCCAGGGAGUCAAGAUAUCCAGCCAGAGCGAGUACAUCAAAGGUUUGUGGCAGACAUUACCUGUUGACUUAUCAAAGAGGGAUGUAUUUAGCUUUACCCUCCCAUCAAAACAUGCACCUUUUCGCAGAGAGUCCAUUAUUUAUUAUUAACCUAAGAGUCAGAGAAACUCAUUGUCUGUGCAACGCCGAUGAUGGAAGUUUCUGUCGUGAUUGA